UAAUAUAUUUUUCCUCGUUAAAGUUAAAAAACAAAAAAAGGUAGACAUUAAAGAACCAAACCGAGAAGCCUGGACUGAGGAUCAGUGUCAUCUGUGCCGUCUCUGCAGCAUAUGCCACAUGUCAGCAUCCUAAGAAAAGCAGGAGUCAAUUCGACAGAGUGACGAUAAGAUCAAUUCGGAACCGAAGAUUAAAAAACUGGAACCAGUCCUUUUGCCAGGUUGAUAAUCGCUGUUCAUUAGAAUAAAAUUUACCUGCUGGACAUGGUGGUGUGCACCUGUAAUCCCAGGCUGAGACAGGAGGAUCCAAGUGAGUUCAAGGAGAAAUUGUCGUAAAUGAAGUCAACUUUGUGAGAAAAUGCAUUGCAACGGACACAAGCCAGUACGAUUUGUGGGGAAAGCUGAUAUGCAGUAACUUUAAAAUCUCCUUUAUUACUGAUGACCCAAUGCCAUUACAGGUGUGUCUUAUUUGUACACUCUAAGCAGUACAUGUUGUUAUGCAAAUUACAGAAAUUCCAUUAUAGAAACCUUCUUCUUGGGCAACAUGAUGUCCCUUUAACAUGUAUUGAGCAAAUUGUCACAGUAAAUGACCACAAAAGAAAGCAAAAAGUCCUCGGCCCCAACCAGAAACUAAAAUUUAAUCCAACAGAGUUAAUUAUUUAUUGUAAAGAUUUCAGAAUUGUCAGAUUUCGCUUUGAUGAAUCAGGUCCUGAAAGUGCCAAAAAGAAUUUUUCCUAGGUAUGCCUUGCCAUAGCUCAUUAUUCCCAGCCAACAGACCUCCAGCUACUCUUUGCAUUUGAAUAUGUUGGGAAAAAAUACCACAAUUCAGAAGCAUAAACUGCAUCUUUAAGAUCAAAAGAAGCCUGAAAUUUCCACACAGUCAGAAUUCAUUAUUUUGUGAGUAAAAGAUGCCCAGUAAUCCACUCUUGACCUUCUGGAUGACACCUUGAUUCAUUGGCUGGAUUAAAGAAGUCCUUUAUGCAGGCAGCCAGCAGAAUUAACGGAGUGUCCCCGGAAGGCGGAGGGCGAGGAGGGAUGGGAGCAGGCGGCGGCACCCCCAGCCAGAAAACACCACUGUUUGAAACUUACUCAGAUUGGGACAGAGAAAUCAAGAGGACCGGUGCUUCCGGGUGGAGAGUUUGUUCUAUUAAUGAGGGUUACAUGAUAUCCACUUGCCUUCCAGAAUACUUUGUAGUGCCAAGUUCCUUAGCAGACCAAGACCUGAAGAUCUUUUCCCACUCCUUUGUUGGAAGAAGGAUGCCACUCUGGUGCUGGAGCCACUCAAACGGCAGUGCUCUUGUGCGAAUGGCCCUCAUCAAGGACGUGCUGCAGCAGAGGAAAAUCGACCAGAGGAUUUGUAAUGCAAUAACUAAAAGUCAUCCACAGAGAAGUGAUGUUUACAAGUUGGAUUUGGAUAAGACUUUGCCUAAUAUUCAAGAAAUACAGGCGGCAUUUGUAAAGCUUAAGCAACUGUGUGUUAAUGAGCCUUUUGAAGAAACAGAAGAGAAAUGGUUAUCUUCACUAGAAAAUACUCGGUGGUUAGAGUAUGUCAGGAUAUUCCUUAAACAUUCAGCAGAAGUUGUGUACAUGCUAGAAAGCAAACGUCUAUCUGUAGUCCUACAAGAGGAGGAGGGAAGAGACUUGAGCUGUCUUGUAGCUUCUCUUGUUCAAGUGAUGCUGGAUGCCUAUUUCAGGACAAUCACUGGAUUUCAGAGUCUGAUACAGAAGGAGUGGGUCAUGGCAGGAUAUCAGUUCCUAGACAGGUGCAACCAUUUAAAGAGAUCGGAGAAAGAGUCUCCCUUAUUUUUGCUCUUCUUGGAUGCCACGUGGCAGCUGUUAGAACAGUACCCGGCCGCCUUUGAGUUCUCCGAGACCUACUUAGCAGUACUGUAUGACAGUACCCGGAUCUCACUGUUUGGCACCUUCCUGUUCAACUCUCCUCACCAGCGGGUGAAGCAAAGCACGGAAUUUGCUAUAAGCAAAAAUAUCCAGUUGGGUGACGAAAAGGGCUUAAAGUUCCCCUCAGUUUGGGACUGGUCUCUUCAGUUCACAGCCAAGGACCGCACCCUCUUUCACAACCCCUUCUACAUUGGAAAGAGCAUGCCCUGUGUACAGAACGGCUCUGUGAAGGCUUUUAAGCGGACCAAGAAGAGCUACAGUUCCACGCUGAGAGGAAUGCCGUCCUCCUUAAAGAACGGGAUCCUCAGCGACCAGGAGCUGCUUCCCAGGAGAAACUCACUAGUGCUGAAGCGGAAGCCAGACCCACUCCAGCACACUGACGGCCAGAACAGUGAUAUGGAGCAGUACUUGAGAGAGUGGUUUUCCAAACCAGCCGACCUCCAUGGUGUGAUUCUGCCGCAGCUCUCGGGAGCACACAUAAAACUGUGGAAACUGUGCUACUUCCGCUGGGUCCCCGAGGCCCAGAUCCACCUCGGGGGCCCCAUCACUGCCUUCCACAAGCUCUCCCUGCUGGUGGACGAGGUGGACGUGCUCAGCAGCAUGCUGCGGCAGCAGCACAGCAGCCCCCUGCAGGCCUGCGACACCGACCUGGACCAGGGCAGGAUGUUCUUCAGGGCCCGGGGCCUGCCCGCCUCCGCGGGGACCCCCGAGUUCCUCUCCUCUUCGUUCCCGUUUUCUCCUGUUGGUAAUCUGUGCAGACGAAGCAUUUUAGGGACACCAUUAAGCAAAUUUUUAAGUGGGGCCAAAAUAUGGUUAUCUACUGAGACGCUAGCAAAUGAAGACUGAAAGGUGGUAUUUCCUGAACAUUUGAAGGCAAGUUAAAAAUUUCUCCCUCUGAAUUGAAAUCGCUAACCUAGACAUUUUAAAACUCUUAACUUUAUAUAAAAAGUAAUAGUUGAAAUUUGCACUAAUAUUUAAAAAUGUUGAAUCAUGCUGCCUUGACAGGUAUUUUAAGAAAAGUAUAUGUCCUCUUCCUGUCCUUCCAGGUCUGGCUCGUUCUAGGUGAUGUACAAACAUUCGCCCUGUUCUUGUCACUGUGAUCAAACUAACCAGGUUUUCUCCCCUUCUUGUCCUACACGUCUUCCUUCCCACCACCUACCAAAGUUACCGAGUACUUGAUGAGAUUAGUAGGCAGAAGGAGACAGCAGGACGAGCAUGUCAGGUUACCUUGUGUGAGACCGCAGAGCACUGCAGUUUCAAGUCAUGAGUCUGCUUUUAACUCGUAGGACUCGCUCUGAAAUGCUAUGCACUGGAACUUUAAAAGCUUUGGUGUAGAUGGCAGAAUUAAGCUUAGAAGUGCCUUCGACAUUUAAAUACCGAUAGAAAAGUGCAAUUUCACUUUUUAAAAUUCCACUCAGUAGAUUGGAUUCAGGUUUUUCAUUCAUACUAAUAGCCAGAAGCCUCCAAAGCCACAUUUCUGUCACUGUGAGCAUCCCCGAGGAUGUAGCAGCCCGCGGGAUGCUGACCCGAGAGGCUCCAGGUUCCUGUCGGCACUCCCAGUCUGAGGGACCGCUGCUGGCCCUUCCCCUUCCGGGUGCUGGAACCCUGCACAGACGCCCCUCUUCUCUUAGAGCCCUUCACCCUAAGGAAUAGGAACGUGGACUUACCUCAGACACUGCUGCUGUACUAGCCCAAGAGCGCCGUUUCCGCUCCACGCCCUCCCCUGCCGUCCACAGCAAUACACGAGGCAGAAGCACGCGAGGCACUCCUGGUGUGCGAGCCCCUUCCAGAGUGCGGCAGGGCACACCUGAGCUCCCUGCACAGGAGUGGCACCGACGUGACACGCCACCCCUCCAGGUGCACACACACCCAAGGAACUGUUCAUUCCUUACGCUGCCAUCUGAAGAGUGAAAAAUUUUAUGUCUACUUAGCUUGUUCCCUUUUCUAAAGUUCCUCUAAGAGAGUAAAUUUUGCCUUUAUAUGUGCUGAGUAGCUGUUUCUACUUUUAAAUUAUCUGCCUUGUAAAAUUGUUUGAUAAUGUCUUUGGAUUUAACUUCUUGCACAGUGUCUUAGGAAACUCAUCCAGUGGAUAAACACGAUGUAUUUGCCAACUCGUUGCCUGGAAAAUAAGAACUAUUUUCAGUUCAUACAAACAGCAUUAUUGUCACUAAAGCUUUUCUAGCCCUUGACUGGAAACUCACCCUGGUUGCCUUAAAACAACACAGCAUUUCCUGCCACUGAAAGUGUAAUUCUUUUUUCAUUAAGCUGCUUUUUUAUUACUGCAAGUGUUUCUAAAUUUAGUUUUUGGAUUUAGCAUUACUCUGUAAUCUUCACCCCUUAACACUAUUUCAGUUCCUUUUUAUAAUUUUUUGUGAAUUUACAAGUUUAAAAAAGGUUAGGUACUAUUAAUACUGUCUUAAAGUAGAAAAUGUGCAUAUUUUUGUAUGAUAAUCAAAUGUAAAAUAUGGGAUCUUCCGUUAUUGUUGAAUAGUUGUUACAUAAUGAUUAUUGUGCCACAAUUUACUGUGCAUAGUAUGAAAAACAACUAUACCAGCCCGAAGUCUGGCUCGCUGUAAACUGCUUGGCUUUUCUGCAAGCAGAAGUGGCCCUGCGGUGCCGUCAAGGGUCAGGGUGGCUGCGCGCAGUUACCAAAGGGGCCAGCGCCUCCCGCGGGCUCGCGGACCGGCAGGCAGAGGCCAGACGGUGUGGAAUUUCAGCUGUACAGCGUCUUACUGUUUACAGGGCGUCGGUCUUAAAAUCAAAAAUGCCUAACUUUAUUUAAGGACAUUAAUUUGUAGUAACAGGAAGUCAGAACUGUUCGACAAAAUUUGCUUGCUCUGUCAGUAACUUCAAGUAGUUAAAACUUGAUUUUGAGAGAAAACUAAAACCUCUGUGCCUAAACUGAGGACUUGAGUUGAAGUAGAAUGAGCAGGAGAUGGAGGUCUUGUUCAACAGAAUGCAUGUGAAGGGAAUUUUGACUGCUAAAUAAAUUUCCACAGAAACUGUUGGUGGUACACUAUUAGUAUGAAACUACAAAGCACGGUGAGUAAAAACUCAUCGCAGAGGCGUCAUCUCUCCCUGACAGCUGGUGCCACCCAUGCACACUGGUGCAUGAUAGAUAUAAAAACUGGGCGGCACCUGCCCCAGGUCUCAGAGUCCAUGGGACCCUGGGACCCUGCAACCCUAAGUCCGGGGCCUCCGUCCAGCUCAGUCAUCUUCUGACCACUGCCCUUCCCAGCCUCAGACCUUCCCACCACAGUGCUGGGCAGUCCUGGUUUCAUUACACCACCGAUACAAAAACAAAAGUCACCCUGAAGCCCAUUACUAAAGGAUGCUCCUGAGAGCGCUGCGAAGGGACAGCUAAGUACGUGAUGACUGUUCCUACCUUUGGUGAUCCAGCCCAACUGUGAGGAGUAAGCACGUACAGACGUCGUAGGGUGUUAAGCUACUUCGUAAGAGCGUGGUCUUUCUAAAGAAAUUAGAAUUGCUACUCUUUGUGCCCUUCUAGGAGAAAUCACUAACUGAGUAUUUAAUGGCUACAUGUGGGAAGCAGUGCAGAAAAGCCUAAGUUUGAGAAUCUCUGUCCCCUUCGGGUCUGUAGCUCCGUGGUGGAAAGCUGACCUAGCUCACCAGGCCCUGAGUUUGUCCUCAGAACAGAACAAAACAAGUUUUAUGGCCAUGGAUUUAGCCCAGCAGCUCAAGUGCUUGGGUUUGAACCCCGGUACCAAAAAACAGAAAAGUUUUAUUUACAAAACAGUUACUAGAAAUGUUAUUUAAGCUACUUGUAAUAAAAGUCCUAAAGCUGUGAA